AUGCUACCUUGCAUGCUUUCAGGUGCCAAAACCGCAAGCAAGCUACUGCAAAUAACUCACAAAUAUGGGCCUUGUUCAACACGGAAGAAAGGGACUACAAAAAUUCCUAGCCUUCAUCAGAUUCUCCUUGAGGACCAGAUCCGAGUUAAGUACCUCAAUCAUAAAACUUCCAACGGCCAUGCCACCAAAUUCCAAGAUUCUGCAGUAAGCCUUCCUGCCAAUUCCGGUGAUUCCCUAGGGACAGGAAACUACGUAGUAAAUAUUGGAAUUGGAACCCCAAAGCAAGAAUUCACAGUAAUCUUUGACACUGGAAGUGAUCUCACUUGGAUCCAAUGCCAACCAUGUGUUGUCCAAUGUUAUUCUCAAAAAGAUACCAUCUUCAACCCUUCUUCAUCCUCUACCUAUUCCAAUAUCUCAUGUGGUUCUAACGCUUGCAAGCAACUGCAAUCAGCCACUGGAAACUCACGAUCCUGCUCCACUGCUUGUAUUUACCAAAUUGCAUACGGUGAUGGUUCAUACUCUGUAGGUUACUUUGCACGUGACAAACUAACACUAUCUAGUUCUGAUGUCUUUCCCAAGUUCAGAUUCGGUUGCGGCGAAAACAACAACGGCCUAUUUGGCACUGCAGAUGGAUUGCUAGGCCUUGGCCGCAAUAAAGUCUCUACGGUAUCACAGACUGCUACAACAUAUGGAAAGAAUUUCUCCUAUUGUCUUCCAUCAUCAACCAGCUCCACUGGUUUUCUUGCAUUCGGUAGCCAAGCCGGUUCUGCCUCUUCUAUUGCUUCAUACACUCCAUUAAUAACAAAUUCGACAUAUCCAUCGUUCUAUUUCUUAAAUAUGACUGGUAUUAGUGUUGGAGGGAAAGAUUUGGCAAUCUCACCAUCAGUUUUUACAACUUCAGGAACCAUUAUAGAUUCUGGAACUGUGAUCACUAGGUUGGCACCAGCAGCCUAUUCACCACUUAAAUCAGCUUUUAGUGAAGGAAUGACUCAGUAUCCAACUGCACCAGCUUAUUCAAUACUAGAUACAUGCUAUAACUUGACUGGAUAUAGUACAGUAACAGUACCAAACAUAGUGUUGCAUUUUGGUGGAGGUACUGACUUGAAUGUUGAUAUUUCUGGGAUUCUAGUUCAAGCAAGCUCAUAUCAAUAUUGCUUGGCUUUUGCUGGAAACAGUGCUGAUACCGACUUGGGGAUUCUUGGAAAUAUGCAACAGCAUACAUUUGAGGUGUUUUAUAAUGUGGUAGGAGGAAAGCUGGGAUUUGGUGCUGGUGCUUGUAGCUAAUGA